AGACCAUAUGAUAAGUGGACGAGUUAGCAAGGGGCAAUAUUAGACAGAUUGGCAAUUAUUUACCAGCCUUUUCUCCUUUGCGCGGAAUCCAGUAUCCGAUGUAAACAGAACAUGUCGUUAAGAAUAGAGAUACCUAGCAUACAAAAAUUGUAGGAUUUCACGAUCAUUUCAGCGCGCCGAAUUUUACGAAUAUGUGAAUCGUGAUGAUUAUAUUAUUAGGAUGGCCAUGCAGCUUAGCAUCUGUCUUACUGUCCUGUCAUGAUACCAUUUUGUGAGGCACAUAUCUACCAGGAAAGCGAAGAAAUGAGAAGUGUCUAAUCUAAUCGAUCAUUCAACCAUCCUACGACCCUGGUGGUGUUCGUCUAGCCUACUUGCUUGAUCAAUAAUCGAAUUAUAAAUUAUACUUCAACAAUGUGAUUCUUGCGGACUGCCGAAGCUCUGCUCCUUUCCGUAAACAAAGGUCCCACCUACAUUAUACGAGAAGUUAUAUUGAUUGACCAAAGUGUGCCAAGAGUUGUCAUAACGAGCCGGCUUCCCGUAGGUCUCGGACACUUACCCAUCAAAGGAUUUUCGCGCCACAUCUACUUAAGGAGAGUAUUUCGUGGUAUAUCAGCGUACUGAUUUGGAUUUUAUUGCCGAAUGAGAUAACUUAAAGAUAAGAUAUGAUUUUCGGGAGUGCCAUUUGGGGACAACCUUUGUAAAAAGGAGUGUUUUGUUUGAUCUCCGAGUCUUGGCCGCUAUCAGUAGUAUUGUCAACAAGGAAAUCUUAUCCUGUACGCAUGGACUCAGUAAGAUACUGUUGAAUACCCAAUCAUUUAAUAUAAUGACUUGUAAUGGCAGGAUGACUCGCUGUAAUGUCGUUUGACAUUUAUAAUUGCAAUACGAAACGAGAACUCCGUCAAAGAAAUGAUUCGAAUGCGAUUUUGAACCAGGGGUUUCCCCCUUCUGCAAAAUUAUCGCUAAGCUUGAUACAUGGAUUUUACUUCCGUCCAGGAAAUUCAUCUAUUUUACCUUGACUUGUAUUGACUACCACGAUGGAAGCGAUUCAGUCAUCUUCCACCGAGAAUGCAGUUCCGACUCUCGUCAGUGAAAACACGAUACCGAAACAGCAAUCUCUUGACUCAGAAGAAAAUACCUUGAUAAUUUCACCACAAACCAAAUCCAAAUCACCCGAACCUAGUAGUAGUAAUGGCCACAGUCAACACGAUACCCGUCCAAGGAGUUCUACUGAUGUAAGGCAUAUACGGAACCACCCUAGGUCGCCGACAAGCCCCGGGACAUCGGAUUCACACCGAAACCAAAGGUUGCGAAGUAAAUCCCAUAGCAUUAGUAGUACUAGCAGUGAAAACAUGCACUUAGAAGACAGUUUUCCAGAAGACGACAACAGAACGCGGGAGCGGGAGAUGUGGGCCAUGCUCGCUGGACAGACUGCGUUCAAGUUCGAGUCGUACAUCUUCCAGCGUGUGCUUCCCAAGUCGCUCAUCAAGCCACACAUCUUCCCACGCCAUGUCGAGGACAUGGAGACUCUGAUCGAGAAGUACAUGUCGACGGGAAAGACGCAACGGCUUGAAGGAGCCGCAGAGAAGUGGGCCACUCUGAAAACAGAGUGGAAAUGGCGGAAGGCGCAUGGCCUGGUGAUCGGCACAGCCAAGUCGGCCUACCUCCACAUCUCAAACCCUUUGGAAGUGAUGAUGAAGUUAGAUCGGGAAAAGGGGGACAGUCUGGAAGAUGCCAGAAGAGCAUACCGGAAUGUCCUCCCUGGAAACCUUCACGAACCAGGACAGGAAGUUGUAGAGUUGAUGCAUGUGAUCGGACUCCUUACUGACAAGUCGUCUCCUCCGAGUCCAAUGUGAUUAAACCAUUGUUGCAAAAAUAAGGAACGAUUGUUAUUCUAACGGGUGACACUAAUUCAAGAAUUGCAGCGACUGCCACAUCAUCAUUUUGCUAACCAUUAACAGUCUGCAGUUCAUUCUCUUACAUGUGCCAUUGGUCAAAUCUCGCUUUUCAAUUCAUUUGUCAUCCUUUACUAGUUUCUAUCGUUAUUUAUUUCAAGGAGACUGAAAGUCAAAUUAAACGCUGGCUUGCAUUUGAGGCAUUGCCCAGUAAAGGAAUCUGUUAAUCCCCAAAUCAUAUGAUAUCACUGGUCGUCUUUGUUGAAAUAUUUCUUUAAAGAUUUUGUCCCGAAAUUACAGUAAAUUUGCUUAUAAUAUAUUGAUGGUCGCUAAUCGUUCAUGAAACAAAAUCUUUAUAAUUUCGUCUCCUGGAUCAAUAGCAAGAAAAUCCGCGUACACGUAUAUACGUAUAUCUUUGAAAACCUAAAUCAUCUCGAAAUUUAUAGCGAAUGAUAGUCGCUUCCAUAACAAUUUCCAUUAAAUUAAGAUCUUCAUUGUAUGGAUUCACCAACCCACCGAAGCGAUUUUCUAUUUAAAAAGAUAAUAGUUUAAAUGUGAUAACAUGUAAAUUUGUUUAUAAACAUAAGUAUUUGAUUUGUGUUGUUCCUUGAAAGUAAACGAGAAACGCUUCAUUUUUAUUUUAUUCUUAUCUGCUUUUGAAAUUGUUUUGAAGGUCGUAGAUUGUACAAGACUCCUCCACCUAAUAAAAAAAAAAACCCAAGAAAACCCAUGUGAUAGUUUGAAUUUUAUGUUAAUCGAUAAGAAGUGAUUUCAGAAAGAAGUUUUGGAUAUUGUGUAUUCACUUCUAACUGAAUACAAUUCCGUUGGCUGCCAGUCCGUAUGACCAGAAAGCGUGGUCAUUAUGUAUUUGAGCACAUGCUUGGUCUAUACGUGUGGUACGAAAAUGAAUAAUUCAUUCCAUCAUAUCAGGGAAUGAAAACCAUACAUGUACAAACAAAGGAAUGAAAAAUUGAAAAGCACAUGGCUUUGAAAGGAAUGACUAGUAAAAACAUUCUUACAUUUUUAAAGGAAUGAACACAUACAAUUACGUACAAUCAUUUAAAAGAAUGAAAAUAUAGUUUUGUACUUCACACUACAAACUACAGUAUACUUGUACUACAGUUUUUUUUUUUUACUUAUAAAUACAAUAUUCAUGAUAUUUCAAGCAGUGGCAAUGCAAUUCGUGGCUGUUCCGUACAAACGUAGUAAGUAGUUUUAAUUCAAUAUUGUAAAAAAAAAAAAUGUUGCAAUCGUUUGCAAAUAAGAUAUUGUAUGAAUGUUACAAUGAUUGGAUAUCGGGUUUUCCCUCAUGUUUAUGAACUUUUUAAAACGCAUGACAAUCAGUGAUGCUAUUAUAUAUUUACACUUCGGUUGUGCAUUGUUUUAUUUGUGUGCAUAUAUUUGCAUGUAUUAUCGCACGACCGUAGCUUGUCAAAACAAUGCAUAGAAGACGAGAGUCUCGACAAAAAAUGGAUUAAAAGCAAACGGAAAUUUGCUUUUUAUGUUGUAAAGCAAGCUUUGUGUGACUGAUAUUGAUUGCACUCGCAUUUUAUCUUGAAGUGAAAAUCUAUAUGCUAUGCUGCUCAAAAAAGAAAUAUAAUAUAUUGAAGUCUCAUCUAUACAUCUUACAUUUUUUCUUAUAAUGUAUACAAUGCAUGUGUGUGGAAGAGUGUGAAAGCAUGUAUACGAUUUAAUACGAGUACAUGUACAUUGUAUCUACAGCUGUACCAGAUAGACGUUUUGCUUUCAAAACCUGUUGUUACAAUCAUUUUUGUGUGUCUGAAAUAUUCUUGAAAUUCCAAAGUUAUAUUGUAUAUAGAAAAUGGUGAAUAGAAAUUUAUUACAGAUUCGAUAUUGUAACUGACUAUUUUUAUCUUUCAGUAGUUUUUGGUGUUUUAUUUGUAUCAUUCAAUCUUUUCUGGUUACAGCACAUAUGUAUCAAUAAUUGAAUUUGAUUCUUUCAAAGUCUUAUUGAAAUGUUGACUGCAUAAAUAAUACCUUGCAAAUUUCUCAUCCGUACCAAUAUUGCCAUGCAUGAUGUGCUGCACGUUGUAAAAUAUACCGUUGAUAUUGGUGAAAUUGAUGAUGUAUGUUUUUAUUUUGAUUCCCGACAAGAUAUUUUAUAAAUGGCUUCCGUUAUAUUCUGAAGGUAUACAUGUAGAUCUAAACAAGACAGUACUUACUGAUAAGAUAUACAACCUUCUUGUACUCAGUUCAGGGAACUUGCCCCCAAAAUGUAGUUUUGAAUUUAGC